AUGGACAGUCGGAAAGGGCCAUUCAGACGUUGGUUUGAAGUGGGAGAACAUGUAUUUCUAAGGGUUACACCGACAAUUGGGAUCGAAAGAGCCAUUAAGACCAAGAAGUUGAACCCGAGGUAUAUAGGACCGUUCGAGAUUCUGCGGCGGUUCGGGCCGGUGGCGUAUCAACUUCGUAAGUACACGUCGGAUGCGGCUCAUGUGAUGGAGCCGGAGUCGGUUGAGUUGAGGGAGAACUUAACUUUUCAAGUGACGCCAAUGAGAAUCGACGACACUAGUAUGAAGAAGCUGCGAGGAAAGGAAGUUUCAUUGGUUAAGGUUGCUUGGGAUGUAAGAACCGCAAUUAAUCAACCGGUUAAUUAA